AGCGCUUCACACCCAACUAUUGUCAUUGUAUACCGUUGGCUGCUACGAUUCUCGUCUGAGUGUUCUUCGUGGCUAUGAAUCUUUCGCGAGCGGCGCCUAAGAAGGGCGAAAACUUCGAGCUUCGCAGCGACUUAAACAGCGAGUACCGCGACCGACGAAAGGAUGCCAUCAAGCGUGUCAUCGCCAACAUGACCGUCGGGAAGGACGUCAGCGGGCUCUUCCCAGACGUCUUGAAGAACAUGCAGACGGACGAUCUGGAGCAAAAGAAGCUGGUCUACCUCUACCUGAUGAACUACGCCAAAACGCAACCGGAACUCGUUAUUCUCGCUGUCAACACGUUUGUAAAGGAUGCUGACGAUCCGAAUCCGCUCGUACGCGCUCUCGCGAUUCGUACGAUGGGUAUGUUGCGCGCAGAGAAGAUCAUCGAUUACUUGAGCGACCCACUGCAGAAGUGCUUGCGAGAUGAAAAUCCUUACGUACGGAAGACGGCGUGUCUAUGCGUUGCGAAGCUGUACGAUCUGAAGCCUGAACUCGCUAUCGACAAUGGUUUCAUUGGCCAACUUCAGGAAAUGGUCUCUGACAGCAACCCUAUGGUCGUUGCCAAUGCCAUUACCGCAUUGACCGAUAUCCAUGCGACUGCCGUCCUCAACGCAACCGAGUCUUCACCCGCGCCAUUACAGGCAAACUUCAUUAUUACCCCACAAGUCCUAGGCAAACUCUUGAUUGCUUUGGGCGAAUCCUCUGAGUGGGGCCGGGUGGCCCUUCUCACCUGCCUAGCUCGAUACAAGGCCGUCGACGAGAAGGAGUCGGAACACAUUUGUGAACGGGUAUUACCUCAGUUCCAACAUGUCAAUGGGAGCGUGGUAUUAGCCGCUGUUAAGGUGAUGAUGGUUCAUAUGAGGCAUCUCACUCGCGAGGAUCUCGUUAAGCAGAUCAUCAAGAAGAUGGCCCCUCCGCUCGUCACUCUGGUCUCUUCUGCUCCGGAAACGCAAUGGGUCGCUCUCCGGAAUAUCAACCUUCUCCUUCAAAAACGACCCGAUAUUCUUCAGAACGAAAUGCGUGUCUUUUUUUGCAAGUACAACGACCCGCCAUAUGUGAAGCUCGAGAAGUUAGACAUCAUGAUUCGUCUUGCCCAAGAAAAGAACGUCGACACGUUGCUGAGCGAACUCAAGGAAUACGCGUCGGAAGUCGAUGUAGAUUUCGUGAGGCGUGCUAUCAAGGCGAUUGGACAAUGCGCUAUAAAGAUUGAGAGCUCGGCUGGCCGAUGCGUACAGGUGUUGCUCGAGUUGAUUAAUACGCGUGUCAGUUACGUGGUGCAGGAAGCAGUGGUUGUCAUGAAGGACAUUUUCCGGAAAUAUCCCCACAACUAUGAGGGAGUCAUCCCAACAUUAUGCGCAAACCUGGACGAACUGGAUGAACCGGAAGCGAAGGCCUCGCUGAUCUGGAUCAUCGGUGAGUAUGCGGAGAAGAUUGACAACGCGAGCGAACUUCUUGGCGUUUUUGUGGACAGCUUCUUGGAAGAGGCAUACCAGGUGCAAUUACAGACCUUGACUGCUGUGGUCAAGCUAUACAUGAAGAAGCCGGAGAGCGCCCAAGGUGUCGUCUCAAAGGUACUGGAAACAGCUACCAAGGACUGUGACAGCCCGGAUGUUCGGGACCGUGCAUAUAUCUACUGGCGCUUACUUUCCACUGACCCUAACGCGGCCAAGGCUGUCAUCUUGGCAACUCGACCACCGAUUACUCUGGCACAGACAACAGUACCGCCUGUGAUACUCGAGGAACUAUUGGGUGAAAUUGGCACGCUCGCGAGCGUGUACCACAAGCCAGCGGAAACUUUCGUCGGAAGGGGACGUGUGGGUGCGGACGCGGUUCAUCGCAAGAUCGAAGGUCAGGAAGACGAGGCAAUCCGAGAAAAGGCAUUGCAGACGCUUGUGGCUGGGCAACAGGCCGAAAAUCUUCUCGAUUUCGAUGAGGCGGUCGCUGGUGAAGACCAGCCAACUGGCCUCGCCGCUACUACCGCUGCCGUCGUACAGUCCAGUGCUGGACAUAAAGUACUCACCUCCGCAAACCCGUUGGAUGAUCUGGCAUCUCUCUUUGGCUCAAGCAGUCUCGCUACUCCAACCCAAGCACCGGCCCCAUCACCCAUGUCACCGCCUGCAUCCAUGUUCCCCUCUGUUCCUUCUGCUGCGCCACUGUCCAAUGGACCUGCGGUGCCGUCUAAGCCACAGGAGGAUCUGCUUGGGUUAUUCUAGAUUCUUAUUGUAUUCGUGUCGCAUAGUAUUGUCGAGCAAUGUCAU